AUGAAACCGAGCAGAAAUAAUGCGGAAACUCGACCAUCACUGGAGAGGCUCAAAAGGCUUCCGGAUCUGCCUGAUCUGGGAUCCCAAUUGCGAGAUGCACAGGUUCUAUGCACCCAUGGCGCUCGAGCAGAGAUGAUCUUGAAAUGGCUGCUGGACAAAUUUUCCUCCUCGUCGGAAGCUCGCGUGAACAGUCAAGCAUGGGUACUCUUCUCGGAUUGUUUGAGAUUAUUGCCUCGGAGACGUAUUGCUACCGUGCUUGGGGCGAAUGAUAUUGUCGAAAUUAUUCACCGUACAUGUGUUGAGUCAAAUGUGACAUCCGAAACACAUUCCGAGAUCGCAAGAUCAUUGAACCUGUUGCUCCAUUUGGCAGAGAAAGAAGACGGCUCUGCUGUUCAAUCACUAUUGAGCAUUGGAGAUGACCUCGUUGCUGAGAUUUGCGGGUGCUGGUUCCAACAUGUUUACAACAGAUUUGGCGCGGACGACGGCAUCCAUUCCAUCAUGAACCAGGAUCUGCUCAACCCUGGUCUACGUCUGUGGGAAUUACGACAGCGAUCGCAAUAUGGUGACGCUUUGUUUACUUCACGUUGCCUGGUCCCUGUAUUACUAUUGCUCGAAGCGCUGCACCAUCAAGCACCUACAAGGACCCCCAAGCGCAAGCGGAAUGGCACCAGCCUGCUCUCAGCAAGCGAAAUCAUCCGUGUGCUCGAGGAACUGGUUGCAAGGCAUAGCAUAGCACAGUUCCGUGCAGCCUUUGCCUUGCGUCCUCAUGACCUGGCCGGGGUGGUCGCUGACUAUGAACCGCAGCAAGCCCAACUUCGCGAUCUCUUUCAACCACUGUGCGAAUUGCCGCCAAGCGUUAUUGCGAGACAAAUGGUCAAGGUUAUGCCUUUGCUACUUGAUAUCGCAAUCCGAUCUUCGAAAACGACGAGUCCGAAGGACCGCCUGCGGGAGCGUCCUUGGGUCGAAGCUGUCUUCACCGCUUUACAUGGCUGUGUCAUUGGAGUCCAGGAAUCUGCCAGCGAUACCGCGCUCGCCGAUAUGCUGCAAGUGCUAUACACCCGCAAUUUCGCCUUGUCAGACCACAUUAUUGCUUCACUUGUGCGAGAUUCGUCAAUAUCUUCGCCAUCUAUGAGUUCUUUCGCUGAGUGGCAUUUGGUGGCGCAAAUUUGCAAAGUCCACCCAAUGGCACUAACUGAGCCGAACGUAGCAAGUUUCGUGUUCGGCCGGAUUAGCCACGAGUGUGUCAACAGUCACUCGACACGCACAAAACAAGACACACGACCAAGGGACACGAAUGUCGUGCGGAAUGCGAUUAUCGUACCGAUUCUCGAAGCCUUUGGACAGAGCCGUAGAAUGAAGGUCUUCGUCGAAAUCUGGUCACAACAACUUGGAGAUACCCUCGAAGCCGAGAACGGAAUUGUCUGGAGUGAAGUCGGGAGAGACUUCGCCCGGGUCUCCAUAUCGUCCAUGACGCAUGAACAAAUAAUCGAAGCCGUCGAACACCACAGCCUUGAGAUCACAAGAAGGAUCAGUACAGCCUCGGGAGCCAAGAAUACUUCCCGUGAGCUGUACAUUUCUUUCGUACUCCUAAGUGCUUUCAUUCAAAGCGCUCGUAGCGAAAUUGCUGUGAUGAAGAUAUAUCAGUCACUAGAGGCAUUACGCGUAGCACUACAAAAUCCGACGGAGCCCGAUAUAAUCAAUUCAGCACCGGAACUCCGAUCAGAGUACAUGCAUCUGCUCACCGUUGUAUUUCGCGCAUGGAUGCCAUCAUGGAUCGCACAGCAGACCGAUAAAAAAUCCGUUGAUGAUGUGGCCGCGCAGCUCUCUUCCAGCAAAGCUUUGGGAAUUGCACUAGCUGGGCUCGAAGGCGGAGACAAGCCACAGAUUUCGGCAAAGCGAACUGAAGUCGCAAGUAGUACAUUUCUCGCCACAAUCUGUGAAAGCUUCAUGCCAUACGCGCAACUUACGAGCACUGAGCUAUUGCUCCGGAAAGUUUUCAAAAGUCUGAAUUUUUCGAGCACGAGCAAGGCAGUGCUUCCCGAACACAUUGAUGUUCUUCGUUCACUCGUUUCAUCCGCGCCCGAGAACUUCGUACAGAGCUACCUCGACCAAAUACCUUCAGCAUGUGACGAGAAUUCUCGAAAAUCUGCUGUAGCAUACAUUGCGUCUGUUGUAGUCGCGCUCUCAGGACGACUUGUCGAUUCAACCGUGGAUUCGCCAAUCAAUAUUCUCGUCCAGGAGUUAUGUAAUCGAUUAGCAAGCUGCGACAAUCCCUCGACCGAGCUCUGUUGGCUAUCUGUGUUAGAUGCUGUGCCCUUGUCCAUGGUGACAGAUCAAGAGAGGAAGCGAGUUGUGGACACAAUCACAGACUUAGCACCUCCCCGCUCCAUCCAAGGCCAUCUGACCUCCGUGGAGGGGCGCCUGGCCACUCUGAUCAAAUGGCUCGAGGGUCGCGCCUCUGAUGCCAGAAUUAUAACUGAUGCAGCUUGUGUCUGGGAGUUGACCCAAAUCUCGAAUGCCAGUGAUGGUCAGAGUCAGAUGAGCCAAGUCACAAUCUAUGAUCUCUUUGAAAGGUUGGCACGUAUAGUUUUCGAUCAAUGUGCCAAAACUCAGAGAAGUGAGCAUGUACAGCAGAUCUUCGCAAGCCACUCGGAGAGGUUGAAAGCUCACAUGUUGAAUUCUGACGGCGCAUCUGAAACCAGAUCAUUAAGGCAGCACUGCUCACAGGCUGUGGCCAAAAUCGCUCUCCAAGUGAUUGAGCAAGAAAUUGAUGACAAGACGAAGCAAAAGCCGACUCAUCGGGUACCAAAACUACUUUCGAACUAUCUUGAAUGUAUCGCAGCCGCAGCCAGGCUUUCAUCGGACUCCAUCGGCGAGCAUCCUGUCGGUGUCAGAGGCACGAUCAAAGCUUUCGUGGCAAUGGACGCUCUUGUGGCCGUGCCCGAAAGCAUACUUGGAAUUUUGCCAGACCGAGGAGGCGCUCAUAAGCGCCAAGUCGUUAUCGAUGCGGUGAGCCUGCUCGAGCAAGCAUGCGACAACUCAGCCCAGACUUCCGAUCAAGUCGAUGACAAUCCCGCCGCGGCGUCAUGGCAGCGAACAAUUGCCCGUGCCUAUGCUGUGGUCUGUCGACAUGCUGCCAACGAACCGCAAGACUUCUCCGCGUUGACGACGGAAGUUCUACAGCAAAGUUGUUCCGCUGAUAGUCAUGCUGCAGUACUAACAAGUUUUCAGGACGUUCUCAAGGGCAGACCGCCUGCCUGGAGAAAAAGCAUGCUUGAUCACCAGUUGCAACACAAGAACCAAAUGUCUGGAGUGGCGCUUCUGCUCCAACGCGCCAUUGUUCGUACCCUAGCGAAAGAGGACAUGGACGAAGAUUUUCUCAAUGCGGGUAUCAACAAUCUUUUGCGACAGACCGUUGCCGCCGCAAAAGGAUCAGAAGGUGUUCGUUCGGCCAAAGCAGCGAUGGAGUCACUUGCUCUGUUUCUCAAGGAGAAGCCAUUCAUGAUGAAUCAAUUCGGCAUUGAAGAGAUCUUGACAGCGCUGCACAGAGUCGUCGAUACACCAAAGCUACUGGUGGUUCUGUAUCUGAACGUUACCCACCUUUUGAAUAUUCUCCUGACACAUUACCGUGCUCGCUUACAAGGUCGAUUUCACCUCAUCAAUGCGAUAUUUCAAGGGCUCUUCUCUGGGGUCUUUCAGUCGGCAGACCGGAACUCCGCUCGAAAGCCACUCGCGGUGCGACAAGCCCGCACGCUCGCCAGGCUUUUAUCGCUCUACUGUGAUCCGCCACAUCUCCGUCACCGCAACAAGUCUUCCGACCUGAUCGAUGAAGCUCGCAAGGAGAAAGGGAGGGUCGGCCAAUUCCUACCCAGUGUCCUCCACCACUACUGUUCCCAAGUGUUGACUGGCGCAGAUGGGCCCGAGGUGCGAGAGGCAUUGAAUCCCGGCGUGUGGGCCAUGGUCGAGGCUAUAGAAGGCGCCAAUCCCGAAGGCAUCAAAGUGCUCAGCGCCGCGCUGAACAAUAGCGAGCGCGCGGUAUUACGUGCAAUGUAUGACGAUUGGAAGCGGUUUGGAAAGUGGGAGGGGUUGUAA